UGUGCGUCCUGCAGAGAAAAGACAAAAACACGUUCUAAAAACGAUCACUCAAUUCAUGUGGCGGAACUCAAAUUCAAUUAUUAACUGAAAAAAAUAAUUAAAACUAUUUUCAAGUCCGCGCGUUCUUCCUCCCCUCAAAUCAAGACAUUUUAUUUUUUUUCACCAAAUCAAUCAAAAUCCCAAAUUAUAUACCCAGUUCAUGAUAAACUUGAAAGGAAAAGAUAGCAUAAUUCGAAUUGAUGUUAAAAUUCGACCUAAUUUUCACUUCCUUAGAUCUAUACUCGCUUCAAUUGUGAAAAUUAAAGGCGCUUAUUGCUUGCAUUUUUCGAUAAUUUGGGCCAAAUAUUUCCUCUUAAGUUGAUUUGAAGUGUUUUUCUCGAUGUUUUGUUGAAAGUAACAGCUAUGGAGUAUGAUGCUUUCGAUAGUAGCGUUGUUUCUAUCACGUGACACGUUGAAAUUUUGAUUUUCAUCUACUUGCGUGGAGUUUACUGAAGAUUUGAUUUGAAGGGAAGAGAUGAACUAUGAUAUUUCUGAUAGCAGUAGAACAGAUGAUGACCUCCCUCCACAUCAAAAUAGAUUUCAAAGAGGGAGCUGCCCUGCUGGAAAUGGAAGAUCGGCAGUUGUAAGUUCUGCUAUAAUGCCUAGAAUACCACAGAAUGACAUGGAAACUCAGAUCCACAACAUUGAGCAAGAAGCAUACAGUUCAGUCCUUCGGGCCUUCAAAGCUCAAUCUGAUGCCAUCACUUGGGAGAAAGAAAGUUUAAUUACUGAACUUAGAAAGGAGUUGAGAGUGUCAGAUGAGGAACAUAGGGAGCUUCUAUCCAGGGUUAAUGCUGAUGACAUCAUUCAGAGAUUAAGGGAAUGGAGGAAGGCAAGUGGCCUCCAGCCUGGUAUGCCAAGCAUUCCCCCACCUGUUCAUGACCCUGCACCAAGUCCAACUGUUUCAGCAUCCCGCAAGAAACCAAAAACUUCGCAAUCUAUAGCUUCUUUGUCAAUGGGUGCACCAUCUCCUGCUUUGCAUCCAUCUAUACAGCCAUCUUCAUCUGCUAUGAAACCAGGUCCUCUGCCAGGCCCUAGGGGCAAGAAACCAAAACCUUUAUCUACAGGUCUUACUGGAAGGGCCCAUGUUGGUAAUCGGGGCACUUCGGGUGUCUUUGCAGCUAAUGAAACUGUUGAACCUGCAACCUAUGAUCCCUUAAUUGGAAGAAAAGUCUGGACAAGGUGGCCCGAAGACAACCACUUCUAUGAGGCCGUUAUAACUGAUUACAACCCUAUUGAGGGGCGACAUGCUUUGGUUUAUGAUAUUAAUACAGCAAAUGAAACAUGGGAAUGGGUCAAUCUCAAAGAGAUAUCACCAGAAGAUAUCAGAUGGAAUGCUGAUGAACCGGGGAUUUCUCGUAAAGGUGGUCGCCCAGGACCAGGACGUGGAAUUAAGAAAUCCAUGGUGCGUGGUGGUGCAGUUCCUGGGGCAGGAAGAGGUAGAGGGACCAUGAAGGGUCAGUUCAAGAAAGAUCUUCCUUUAUCAGUGAAUGGUAUUGGGAAGAAAGCUUUGGGUGAUAUUGAAAUUCUUCACACAGAUACUUUAAUCAAGGAGGUUGAAAAAGUUUUUGGCUCUAAUCAUCCUGAUCCCUUGGAAAUUGAGAAAGCAAUGAAAGUGCUAAAGGAUCAUGAACAAGCCCUAGUCAACGCAAUUGCAAGGCUCGAAGAUGCAUCUGAUGGUGAGAGUGUGAAUUCAUUUGUUAUUGAUGAUAAAAACAAAUCCCAUCUUUUUUCUUUUUUCCUUGACUGGAAAGCAGAGGAGGCAGAACAUCCAUUCUCUCAAGGGCAAUCUAUGGAGCAGGGUCAAGGAUGGCAAAAACGACUGUACAGUGAGAUGGGUGGAAUGGUUGAAGAUUCACAGGCGAAUAAUGGAGAGAAAGGGUAGAAUUUCAUCCGUUGAUGCGUAUUUAAUCUGAUGAAGGUUGCUGUGCCUGUGACUCAGUAGUUUAUGUAGUUAGGCAGUUGGGUGUUUUCUUGUAUUUACAGAGUUUGAAGCAGCCAGCUAAAUGAUGGUGGCUGGUUAGGUUUGAGUUCACUGUAAGUUAAUUCAUCUGAAUUCAGAUAGAUGGUCUUAUUAAUGUAACAAUUGUUUAUCUUA